AUGGAGUUUAAUUAUAAGGCGAGCUUCAUGUUGUUCAUUUGUUUCACCCUUGUUUCAUUCUGGAAUAUCCUACCUACAUCCCAAUCUAUCAUCGCGCAAACUGAUCGACUAGCUUUACUUGCAUUCAAAGACAAGAUAACCGAUGACCCAUUGGGAGUACUAAAUUCAUGGAACGCAUCGUCUCAUUGCAGCAAUUGGACAGGAAUUACAUGCAGUCGUCGGCAUCCAAGCAGGGUCACUAGGUUGGUUCUGGAAUCCAUGGGUUUGGUAGGUACUAUAUCUCCAUACAUUGGCAAUCUUUCAUUCUUAAGAGUUAUAUCCCUACUGUCUACAUUAGAUCUUGGCAGUAAUCAGUUCACUGGGUCUGUACCUCCUAGUUUGGGUAACUUGAAAAAUCUCACUCGUUUAAAUAUUGAGAGAAAUUAUCUUGGAAGAGGGGAUAUAGAUGGCCUUAGAUUUCUUAACUCAUUACCAAAUUGCAGUAAAUUAGAGACGCUUUCGAUUUCUUUCAACAAUUUUUCAGGGCAACUACCAGAUUCCAUAGCUAACCUCUCGACAAAGCUUACGAUACUGUAUGUGGGGGCAAACAAUAUAUUUGGAAAACUUUCUAAUUUAAUAUCACUUGACCUGUCGGGUAACCAACUCACAGGAAAAAUUCCGUCAAACAUUUGCAAUAACACUCGGUUGGAAAGAAUUAGUUUUAGUACCAAUAAAUUGCAAGGUGGAAUUCCGCCAAUUUUUGGCAAUUGCCAGAAAAUGAUGUUAACUGGUGACUUGCCAUCAGAGGUUGGUAACUUGAAUAGGAUUGUCUACCUCUACUUGUCAAAUAAUCAAUUAUCUGGGAGAAUUCCAGAUUCUUUAGGGAAAUGUAUUGGUUUGGAAGAACUUUCCUUAGCCGGUAACUUAUUCGAAUGGGUCAUUCCUGCAUCCUUAGCAAGUCUGGAGGGACUGCAAAGGUUAGACAUGUCAGGCAAUAAGUUGUCGGGGAGAAUUCCGAAGUAUUUGGAGUCCUUUGUUUCCCUCAAAUAUCUGAAUCUCUCUUCCAAUGACUUUGAAGGUGAGGUACCGAAACAAGGGAUUUUCAAGAAUGUAACUGGGUUUUCAGUCCGCCGAAAUGAUAAGCUCUGUGGAGGAAUUCCGCUACUACAUCUGCCGAGUUGCCCAAGACCUGGCUUUGAUAAAGCAAGUAAGCGAUCCCCUCUCAAGAGAUUGCUGCUAAUAAUAUUCGGUGUUGUUGUCUGUGUUAUUCUUCUGGGUUUCUUUCUCAUAUGGUUCUGGAGAAGAAAAGCAACAAAGAAAACUUCUUCGCCUUUGAGCAAUCCUUUGGAUAAUAUGUUUCAAAAGGUCUCAUACAAUGAACUUCUCAAAGCGACAAACGGAUUUUCGGCAGAAAAUUUAGUUGGAGUUGGAAGCUACGGAUCUGUUUACAAAGGAUUGUUAUCGCUGACCCAUGAGGUAACAACAGUUGUUGCAGUGAAAUUCACUGUGAUCUGA